AUGCAAGACAUGUCCAACACCGCCAGCAUGCCACCAGAUCCAGAGGCUUUUACUACAGCGAGCGAGUCCACAGUGAGUGAAGUAUCUGAGUUGGUCAAUCAAGCUCUCACCAAGCAGGUCAACUAUGAAGAAACCAACACCGAGAUCUCACCUUCCCUGGUCAUGGUUUCUACCCAUACAGCAGCAACGACUGACGGAAAGCCAAACGGCGCUACCCAACUCUCAAGCGUGACAACCUUAAUCGCAACCGAGCGAGAAGACCUCAUCGCAGCACUGAAACUCAUUGCAGAAUCCAUCGCCCAGCAACGCCAAGUCGCCGCUCGGUCAAUUAUUCACCACUGGUUCAUCUGGAUAUCAAUGGGAACAAUCUUCGCAGCCAUCACCUUCCUCAUGUACAACGAUCCAUCAGAUUGCGGCCGCAUCAUCUUGACCUGCACCGGAGCCCUGAUGGUUGCUCUCCUCCUCACAAGAAACUCCGUAGCCGGAUACCUCGAUCUAGCCGAAAACACAGGAACAUGGAAAUGGCUCUACGGUCCAGAUGAGAGUGCCAACAUUCGGCGCGCAGAAAAGUGGCGCAACUAUGUCCUGCUGAAGAAACACCAAGUUGAGUUUGAACGGGCCUAUGAUAUCGUUGUCGCCGUUCAAUACCAGGAUGCCAUCAUUGCCACUCUUGUCAUGAGAAUCUUGUGUUGUAACCAGCCAGACUCGGCGUCGGAUAUGAAGAGUAAAGCAGCCGAGCGACGACCGAUGGGACAAAAUCAUGCUGCUUUCAUCCGUGCUUUGACUGUCGCCUAUCGGUACAGGUAUCUCGGUCUUGGUGGAGCUCUUCUUCGCCUUGCCGUCAUGAUGCGGGAAGAGAAUGACUGGAAAUCGAUUGAGUUCGCGGAUCGUCAUGCCAUGUCACCGCAAGUUCUUCCCAGGCAUUUCAAUUUCUCUUCAGGCGGGCUGGCCCAGGCGUGGAUUGAUCGUCUGCGAAAUAUGGUUUCUGAACAGCAGAAGGGCUCUGGUGGAUUUCCUUGGAUCCUCGAUGAGGAUCAUACUACCUGCGAUGGAAAGUUGCCAAAGCGCCUGCAGCUUGAUGCUCAAUUUGAGAGAUUGAGAAUAACUCAGAUUGCGGGGGAGAUGUUGUCGUCCGAAACCAAAUAUCCCAGUGAACACUAUUGA